GGUUCGGUGAGGCGGGCGCGCCGCCAUUGGCUUGGGCGGGAGCGGGAGGGGCGGGAUGGCGCUAUCGGAGUCCGCGGUCGCAGCCGCCACCUUUGAGCGGAGAGUGCUGCGGAGUGCGGGGGAGCACCACUAUCUGCGAGUGCGGCUGGAGCUGCCGGACGGCGGGGCCCGGCCGAACGUGGCGCAGUUCAAGCAGCUGGUGGUGUCGGCGCUGAGGGAGCUGCACGGGGAGGUCGGAGCAGCUUUACCUGUUGAUGUCUUGACAUACGAGGAAAAAACUUUGUCUGCCAUACUAAGAGUUGUUAGCAGUGGCCUUGUCAAGCUGUGGAGUGCUCUGACGUUGCUGGGCUUCUACCAGAACAGGAGGUGUGCUUUUCGAGUGCUGCAGACAUCUCCAUUUCUUCUUGCAUUAGCUGGCAACAGUAGAGAACUAGUCUUGGACUGAACACGGUUGUUGGUCUGGUCCUACGAAGCAGAAGCUGCUUGAGAUGCUGCAGCUCUUCAGGUGUGGAAUUUUUGGAGGGGGUUUCCCACAAAAAGACUGGACAAAGCUCACGUUUAUCAACUCACUGCUUGGACAUCCCGUACUUCAGAGUUUACACAUAAAAGUUGGAGACAGAGCUGAACUUACCAAA